GAACAAUUAAUGACAGCUAUAUCACAAAUAUUUGCUAUUAUUGAUAAAGAAAUAAAUCCAUAUGGUUAUUGUUAUUUAGAAUUUCCUCAAUUAGGACAUUUUAAAAUUCAAUUUGGUUUAAGUACAUUCGAGUUUAAUGAAACAUUUAUUGAAGAAUUUAAAACAACAAAUGAAAACUAA